UCGUUCCUGAGAAGAGAGAAGAUGAUGAGUGAUGCAAGUGACAUGCUCGCUGCGGCUCUGGAGCAGAUGGAUGGCAUUAUAGCAGGUUCAAAGGCGCUGGAGUACUCCAAUGGCAUCUUCGACUGCCAGUCCCCCACUUCCCCCUUCAUGGGGGGCCUGCGGGCGCUGCACCUGGUGGAGGACUUGCGGGGCCUGCUGGAGAUGAUGGAAGCGGAUGAGAGAGAGGGGCUGCGCUGCCAGGUCCCGGACUCGACAGCAGAGGCUCUGAUCGAAUGGCUCCAAAGUCAAAUGACUAACGGACACAUAUCUGGAAGUGGAGAUGUAUAUCAAGAAAGGCUGGCUCGUCUGGAAAAUGAUAAGGAAUCUCUUGUUCUGCAAGUAAGCGUGCUUACGGACCAGGUGGAGGCCCAGGGAGAAAAGAUUCGGGAUCUGGAGUUCUGUCUAGAGGAGCACAGGGAGAAACUGAAUGCCACAGAAGAGAUGCUGCAGCAGGAGCUUCUGAGCAGAACAUCCCUUGAAACUCAGAAGCUGGAUCUUAUGGCAGAGAUUUCUACUCUGAAGUUAAAGCUUACAUCUGUAGAAAAGGAUAGAUUGGACUAUGAAGACAGAUUCAGAGACACAGAGGAUUUGAUCCAGGAAAUAAAUGAAUUGCGGUUGAGAGUGGGAGAAAUGGACAAUGAAAGACUCCAGUAUGAGAAAAAACUGAAAACAACCAAAGAUGAGCUAGGAGCUUUGAAAGACAAACUAGAGCAGAAGGAAGCUGAGGUAAAAAGGUUGCAAGAAAAACUGGUUUCCAAGCUGAAAGGAGAAGGAAUUGAAAUAUUGGACAGAGAUGAAAAUUGUAAAAAGAAGCUCAAAGAUAAAAAUAUAGAGGUACAGAAAAUGAAGAAGGCGGUAGAAUCUCUAAUGGCAGCAAAUGAAGAGAAGNNNCGGAAGAUAGAAGAGCUUCGGCAAUCUCUGAAUAGGUACAAGAAGGUUCAAGACAUGGUGAUAUUGGCUCAAGGUAAAAAAGGCAAGGAAAGUGACUGUGAAGACUUCUUCAAUUCAGGGUCUGUUUCCACGGUUUUAUUGGACACACCAAGUCUGACUGAUGCAGAGAAAAGCCCAUCCCCAACCCCAGUAACAGCAUCUCCAAUCCACGAUGAGUUUAACGUGAAUAUUCACGAAGAGAUCCACACCAGUAUUUUACAGAUUUCAAUCCCUUCUUUUUCAUCAACAUCCAAGAGCUCGGAAACUGUUGCAGAGAAAGUGAAAACACAGCCUAGGUCAGAUCCUGCAAGUGAAAUGAGUGAAGGAAGAUCAACAGGUUCCUCCCCAGAAACUAAGCUGUGUGAUAGUCCAGUAACUUCUUCACUGCAGAAGUCCAGCAGUCUGAGCAGUUUGAGAAAAGAGACAUCUGAAGGGGAAUAGCAGACCUGCAGACAAGAUAGCGAGGAGUAUGUUAAACCUCCUAUGGAAUGUAAUAAUUUCGCAACCCUCCCUCCAAAGUCUCCUUCUCAUGGUGGCACAGGCGACGAGGAUAGUUUUGGUACCCGCAAAGCCAGAUCUUCAUUUGGACGAGGCUUUUUCAAGAUAAAAAAUAACAAGAGGACUGCAAGUGCCCCCAAUCUGGAUCGCAGUCGAAGUGCAAGUGCACCUACUUUAGCUGAAACGGAGAAGGGAUCUGCAGAUCACUUGGAUUUGGCUGGCUUGCCCCCUCGCCCAAAAGAAACAGAUAGUCUACAGAUGACGCCACCUUCUCCAGAUUCCAAGAAAAAGGCCAGAGGGAUCAAGAAGUUAUUUGGAAAACUUAAAAGAAGUCAGUCUACUACCUUCAACCCAGAUGACAUGUCUGAGACGGAGUUCAAAAGAGGAGGGACAAGAGCAACAGCGGGGCCACGACUAGGCUGGUCUCGAGACCUGGGGCAGUCUCACAAUGAGCUGGACAUGCCGUUCGCAAAGUGGACAAAGGAGCAGGUUUGUAACUGGCUCCAGGACCAAGGGCUAGGCUCUUACAUUAGUAAUGGCAAACACUGGAUACUGUCUGGGCAAACACUUCUGCAGGCUUCUCAGCAGGAUCUGGAAAAGGAGCUUGGGAUAAAGCACCCACUGCAUCGGAAGAAGCUUCAGCUUGCUCUGCAGGCACUGGGGUCUGAAGAGGAAAACAAUCAUGGAAAACUGGAUUACCACUGGGUUACCAGGUGGCUGGAUGACAUUGGCCUCCCCCAGUACAAGACCCAGUUUGAUGAAGGAAAGGUGGACGGACGAAUGCUGCAUUACAUGAGCGUGGAUGACUUGCUGUCCUUGAAAGUUGUCAGCGUCCUCCACCACCUCAGCAUCAAAAGAGCCAUUCAGGUUUUGAGAAUAAAUAACUUCGAGCCCAACUGUCUGCGCCGGAGGCCAUCUGAUGAGAAUAACGUCACACCUUCUGAGGUCACCCAGUGGACCAAUCAUCGUGUGAUGGAGUGGCUACGUUCCGUUGAUCUGGCAGAGUAUGCUCCUAAUCUGAGGGGGAGUGGUGUGCAUGGGGGACUGAUGGUUUUGGAGCCUCGUUUCAAUGUAGAAACCAUGGCACAGUUGCUGAACAUCCCACCAAACAAGACGUUACUGAGACGGCACUUGGCGACUCAUUUCAACCUCCUCAUUGGGCAGGAGGCCCAGCAGCAGAAACGUGAAGCCAUGGAGUCCCCAGACUACGUCCUCUUAACAGCAACUGCCAAAGUAAAGCCAAAGAAACUUGCCUUCAGCAAUUUUGGGAGCCUGAGAAAGAAGAAGCAAGAUGAGGUGGAAGAGUAUGUGUGUCCUAUGGAACUGGGACGGGCAUCUGGAAGUGGGUCAAAGAAGGGUUUUAAACCUGGCCUGGAUAUCCGAGUAUAUGAUGAUGACGAUUUGGACAGGCUGGAGCAGAUGGAAGAUUCAGAAGGGACAGUGAGGCAAAUAGGAGCAUUUUCUGAAGGCAUCAACAACUUGACACACAUGUUGAAAGAAGAUGAAAUGUUUAAAGACUUUGCAACUCGCUCUCCUAGCACCAGUAUAACAGAUGAGGACUCCAACGUGUGACAGUAACCGCCAGGCACUGACAAAGGCUCACUUUCCUAUGUGCAAGAAACGUCGUCGUCAUACAUGACGGGCAGCAGAUCAUGUACAUUACAUUGUUCUUGCUUCUGUUUGUUAGAAGUAACAUUGGGGAAUGGAGAGUUAAAAAAAAAUAAAAAGAGGAAAAAAAAGGUGCCUAUUCUAAAGUUGCCAUAAGAAACACCCAGACACUGGUGAAUGGUAAUUGUUUUUACUAUAUUUAAUGUACAAACUGGUGAUAUGUUUCAGAGUGUUGCAUUUAAAUUUACGUGGUAUGAUAGUGCUCCUUUUGUUUAUUCAUGGCCUCAGAUAAUCCUUUAUGCUGUUUCAAAAUAACAGAUUAUGUUAGAUAGGAGUAUUGGGUCUGUAGAUAUCGUGCAUCAGCUUUCUCUAGGCUCUCAGCUGAAAAAAGAUGUUACUGCUCUUUUUCAAG